AUGGGAGUCUCUCAGGACUCCUCCAGACCUAUUGUGGCGUCCAUUCCUCCAUCGCGAAGUAAUUCCUCCCGCUCCAGCAUACUCAGCGCCAAGUCCUCCAUUCAAUCAAGCAUCUACUCUCCCUCCACCCAAGAUGAAUUUUCUGAGAUUGAAGCAGUCAUGGCGAAGCUUGAAAAUAAGCAACUGGCUACUCAGAGAUUCGUUCCAUCAGAAGAAAAACUCGAAUACCUUAGCAAAUUAGCAUUGGGCGCUAAACUCCAGCGAGCAUUGCGAUGGAGAAUGAUAGGGCAAGACGCAGAAAUGCGGGUGCGCGUCCGAUCACAACCGAUACAAAGUGAGAAAUUAGACAAAUUAUCUCUGAUGUGA